AAAUCAAUAAAAGUUUUCGCUUUCAUUGAAAUCAUUGCAGACUUCUUUCAAACCGGUUUCGGGACAUUUUAAAUUUGGCCCUGGCAUCCCUGUUAGUGACAGUUCAGCGGUAGCGGAUCUUGCAUUUGCAAUAUUUUUCAGGUUUCAAGAAUCGUCGGAUUCAUCGGUGCAGGGCAACUGCAAAUUGUAGAACGUUAUUUAUAAUUAAAUAUUGUUUGACGCAACUUUUCAGCAGCUGCCUGCGAUUUUACGUGUAGUUUGUUGUUUCAUUUCUACGUAGUGAUUGUAAUGCAACAGUAAUAUUUUCGCGAGUUCUUAGUUAUUGACGUGUUUUUCUAUGAACAAUAACUUGUUGCUUUUAUUGAGUGGAAUCAAAUUUUUCAAUGCGGUACUGUGAUGUGAUAAACGACGGAUAAGAGCUCUACGUGCUUAUCAGUAAAAUGGAAACAAAAAGCAAUGCUGAGUCAGAAGGUCUGGAUACCGGUAACAGUUCGUCUGUUCUUACGUUCCAGACCCAUAACUUGGAAACGGUAGCGGAGGAGAGUGAAGAUGCGAGAAAAGCAACGUUUAAUCUAAACGAUAAACUACUUGUGGAAGACAGUACAAAAUCUGAGCUAUCGAAAUAUCUCUUCAGAUUGCUACAACGCUUUAUCCGUCAGUACCAACAUGAGUUAGAAAUUAAUCAGUUCGACCUUCUGCUGAUGACGAUAUACUGCAUAUCGCUUGAAGUCGGGUUUAUACCCUGGGGUCAUCGAUUGGAGGAAAAUGGGAAGUUACUUCAAUCGCGUUAUCCUUCGUACGACUAUCGUAUUGUUAGUCUAUUUUCGACAAUAGUUCCAACCAACUUCUAUAACCGGACUAGCCGCAGUUAUCGGUUAAAUUUUUACCUGCAAGGAUCUACUCAAAAAUGUAUUUUGGUAGGCAUCAAAAGUGGAGAUUUCCUAUGUCUUACGUUCAACGUUCCCAGCCUAGCGAACAUCUCCGGUAAGAGUGUUUUGCUUCCAGUCGCGCGCUAUGUUCCUUUAAUAAAUUUCCACAAGCUAAAUCUUUCCUGCCAGAAUUUAAAAGAGCUUAGCCACAAACUAAAGAACUGCAUUUUCGUCCCGAUUCGCGAUGCAGUUUGUCUUGACACAAAGAUUACAAUGUAUCCUUCUCUGAACGGUUUACCGGAUGAGGUUGUAGCGAUGCUGUUUGUUAAAUAUCUCGACAAGAAAGCCACAUUACGAAUGGCCAAUAGUUGCUCAAGAUUAAGAACGCUUGCUUUUGCUUAUUGUGGUAAAUGGUUUACUUAGCUGGUUUUACUAGACUUAUAAUAAAUAUCGUUUGUGCAAA